ACACUUCAGGUUUUGUAAGGAAGGUUUCACAUUUCCAUGCAUAGACUCAUUAAAGCUAAGAGGGGGUCUGCCACUGAGGAAAGAUCAUGUCGAAUUAUCUUGGUGAAGUUUUACUGACGUUCAAAGGCUAUUCAAGCAUCCAACAUGGCAAUGAUCCCUCCGAAAGCAUCUUGUGUUGGUGGACACCAGGUUCCCUUAGCAAACCAUUGUGUGUCCGAGGAGGGUCGAAGGGGAAAGAUGUAUGGGAUGUUACUGGAGAGUGUCCAGCAUUACGUUAAAACUGAACAUGGAGAGGAAGUGUGGCGGGCUAUACUGGAACACAUCGGUCUGAGGAACACAGUUUUCAACACACAUGGCAUCUACCCGGACCGUGUAAUGUUAGACCUGUCUAAAGCCUGUAGCAAAGUAAUUGGUGAUCGAACAUCGGAGGAAUAUCUGCAGUACUUUGGUCAGUGUUUCGUGAAGUUUUUUAGUCAUUAUGGCUAUGACAAAAUUGUUCGGAUAUCAGGACGUCACUACCGUGACUUUCUAAAGGAAAUUGACAAUUUGCAUGAAACCAUGCGGUUUACCUUCCCUCGAAUGCACAGUCCAUCUUUCAAUGUGAGCGAUGAGGAUGUUGACGGUUGUGUGUUGGUGUAUCGGUCGAAACGUAAGGGAUUUACGCCCUAUGUUAUCGGCCAGUUGUGUGAAUGUGCCUCUCAGUUUUACAACAUUAAUGUGACUGUCAGUAAAGUCACACAAAGCACGAUUGAUAUCGGCUAUCACACACAGUUCCGUCUCAAUUUCAAAAACAGUGCCUAUAGGGAGGACAUUGGAGCCACAUCGCCACUUUUCCCAUCCCAGUUCCCUACUUUGUCUGCCAACACGUUAUUUAAGAUAUUUCCAUUUUGUAUUGUAUUCGAUGAGAACAUGGUGAUAAGACACAUGGGCACCAGCUUACCAAUGCUGUUAGAGUCAUACAAUCUGAUUGGCUCAGAAUUUCCAACCAGAUUCCUGAUACGAAGGCCUCUGAUAGACUGCACUUGGAACAAUGUGAAGAGGUUACAGCGAGUGACAUUCGAGGUCCAGUACCGGAGUCCAGUUCAUCGCCUGUCCAAUGCCAGCCUGGGGCCAGGUAACAGACCACAAGCCAGUAAAGUGUUGUUGCGCGGACAGGUGAAGUUUAUGGAGGAUUGGAAUAUGAUGGUGUUUCUGUGUACUCCACUUAUCAGUGGCCUAACUGACUUGGAGAAGAUGGGACUAUACAUCAGUGACCUGAACAUGUAUGAUAAUAGUCGGCAGAUGGUCAUGACUGGCUGGCAACACUCUUCAGUACUGGAGUAUUCUAUAGAACAGCAAGUGAAACAGAGUGAGAAGAUUUCGGAGACAAUGAGAGAAUUGGAUGAUUGGCAGCACAAUAGUAACAUGCUUCUGUACAAUAUGAUACCGGAGACCAUCGCCAAGGACCUCAAAGAAGGCGUUGACCCCAUCAAAACCUGUCAGGUAUUUGAUGAUGUGACAAUCCUGUUCAGUUACCUGGUAGAUUUUAAUCUGAUCUGUGCCAGGGGGACUCCUUUGCAGAUUGUCCAGUGUAUCAACAACAUCUUCACUGUGUUUGAUAAUGUGGUGGACAAACAUGGUUGUUUCAAGGUUGAGACAUUGGGAGAUGCGGUGUAUAUGGUUGCAGGCGGCGUUCCUGACAGACGUCCCAAUCAUGCCCACCAGGUGGCAGGCCUGGCUCUAGAUUUGCUUCAACUUUCUAAUGAACUCCAUGACCCAACCACCGGAAAAAGUCUCCAGUUUCGAUUGGGCAUGCAUACUGGUGGGGUAGUGGGUGGGGUCAUAGGUCGCCGAAUGCCGCAGUACUGCCUGUUUGGGGACACUGUGAACACAGCUUCUCGUAUGCAAUCUCAUGGCAAGCCAGGAAAAAUACACCUGAGUGAACAGUGUCAUCAACACCUGAUAGGGAGCAGCUACAUCAUGGUGUCCAGGGGUACCAUCAAUGUCAAGGGUAAAGGGGAUAUGGAGACAUACUGGCUAAUUGAAGAUGCCAAAAAAUCAGGAAAUAUUGAAGGGAGAAAGCAAUGAUGCCAAGAUCAGCGAUGUCCCUGUGUCCAUUGAAGGGAGAAAACAAUGAUGCCAACCAAGAUCAGCGAUGUCCCUGUGUCCAUUGAAGGGAGAAAGUAAUGAUGCCAAGAUCAGUUAUGUCCCUGUGUCCAUUGAAGGGAGAAAGCAAUGACGCUAAGAUUAGCCAGGUCCCUGUGUCCAUUGAUGGGAUAAAGCAAUGACCUUCAAACCAUUAAGGUCCAGUGAAGGAGAGGAAAAUGACAUUGAGACCAGCAAGUUUUAUAUACAGGAAAGGACAAUGGCAUUGAAACCAACUAUAUAGCUAGAUGGCAAAGUGACAUCGACCUUGAGACCAACCCAAUCUAUUAGUGGGAAUGGGCAAUGGCGUUCAGACCUACCCAAUCUGUUGUUGGGAAAGGAUGAUGGUGUUGAGACUUACCAGAUCCAUAGGUGAGAAAGGGCAUUGACCUUGAGACCAACCCAAUCCAUUGGUGGGAAAGAACAAUGGCAUUCAGACUAACUGAACUCAUUGGUAUGAACGGUCAAUGACGUUCAGAUCUACCCCAUCCAUUGGCGGGAAAGAACAAUGGCAUUCAGACUAACUGAACUCAUUGGUAUGAACGGUCAAUGCCGUUCAGAUCUACCCCAUCCAUUGGUGGGAAAGGGCAAUGACAUUCAGACCAACCAAGUCCAUAUAUGGGAAAGAACAUUGACAUUGAAUCAAACCAAAUCCAUGGAUUGGAAAGGGUUAUGACAUUGAUACCAAACAAAUCCAAGAUGGGAAAGGGAAACGACAUUGAAACUAUUCAAAUUUAUAGAAGGGAAAGAGCAAUGAUGUUGAGACCAUUCAAAUCCAUAGAAAAGAAAGAGCAAUGAUGUUGAGACCAUUCAAAUCUAUAGAAAAGAAAGAGCAAUGAUGUUGAGACCAUUCAAAUCUAUAGAAAAGAAAGAGCAAUGAUGUUGAGACCAUUCAAAUCUAUAGAAAAGAAAGAGCAAUGAUGUUGAGACCAUUCAAAUCUAUAGAAAAGAAAGAGCAAUGAUGUUGAGACCAUUCAAAUCCAUAGAAAAGAAAGAGCAAUGAUGUUGAGACCAUUCAAAUCCAUAGAAAAGAAAGAGCAAUGAUGUUGAGACCAUUCAAAUCCAUAGAAAAGAAAGAGCAAUUAUGUUGAGACCAUUCAAUCCAUUGAUGGGAGAGUGCUAUUGCAUUGGUGUUAACCAAAUCCAUAAAUGGGAAAUGGAAAUGGCCUUGAGACCAUUAUAAUUCAUAGAUUGGAGAGGGCUAUGACAUUGCUGCCAAAAAAAUUCCUAGGUUGGAAAGGGCAAUGCCGUUGAGUCAGACUGAAUCUGUGUAUGGGAGACGGUAAAAUGGGAAAGGACAAUGGCGUUGAGACCAGCCCAAUCAUGUGUUGCAUUGAUACAAUACAAAUCAAAAGAGGGGAAUGACAUUGAGACCACUGCAAUCCAUUGACGGGAGAGUGCAAUUGCAUUGAUGACAGCCAAAUCCAUAAAUGUGAGAGGGUGAUGAGAUUGAUAUUACUGAUAUCCAGGUAUCAUAAGCAAACAUUAGUUUCCAAUGAUGUGGUCGGAUCCAGAGGUACCUUGAAUUUUGUGAUGUGGUACAAUAGUGCCAAUUGCCUAAAUCAAUAUAGUAGUUCCAUAAGUUGUUUACCAUCUGCAAUAAUUGGUAUUUGUGAAUAAUUGCACUUCUGUUCCAUAAAUAUUUUUAUAUAAAAUUGCAUUUUCUGAA